ACACACCACCGUCACCGCUGCUGCUGCCACCACCAGCGGCACCACACACACAUACACACGCACACAGCGACGGCUGCCAGGCGCAGUGGGAAGCAAGCCGUUAGGGAGAGAGCUUGAGAAGAAAGAGACGGAUCACAGCGGGGAAGAGAAGAAAAGAGAAGAGAGUUGGAGGAGGCACCUUGUGGAUCAGAAGGGAUUUUCCUCUGUGUGAGUGCACGUCUGGAUAAGGCUAUCUGUUUCUUCUUGAGCAAGAGGAGUUUGUACAGAGGCUUUUUCUUUUUGCUCAUCCUCCACGCCGGACUCCAGCAAUAUCUACCUAUCUAUCCCCGGAGCUUAACAAAAGAGGGAGGGAGUGAGAGACAGUGAGAAAAAAGGCAGUCACUGCUUCAGCUCCAGACCACCCUCUCUCCUCCUCCUCCUCUCCUCUCCUCCUCUUCUUUCUAUAGCUCCACAUCCAUGUGUGAGUCCAUUGCUGAUUUCACUGUCAUUUGAGGAUAGAGCAGAGGACAGCGUGUGUUCUCCAGGAUACAGCCGAACUCCCAGUGGGAUCAGGGUCUUGUCUGGUGUGUGUGUGUGUGUGUGAGAGAGAGAGAGAGGGAGAGGGAGAGGGAGGCAGAACGAGACAGGAAAACAGAUACACGGGAAGGGAAAAAGAGACGUAGAGAGACGAGAAAGCGAGAGAGAAAGAAAGAGAGAGAGAGACGCUGGAAAGCAAACUGAGGGACAUGUUCGGGGCAGUAGAGAAGAAGAAGAGUGUGUGAUUUUUAGAGCAGAAAGUGCAAGGAACCGGCAACUAGAUCCCAUUCGUUCCUCCUUCUUCCUCAUCAUCCCUCGCCUUAUACCCUUUCCAUCCUACUCUUCAGUCUUCCCCUAUUGUUUCCUGCAUUGCCUCCUGCUAUUCCUUCAUAUCAUCCUCUCCUAAACCUCCAUCUCUUUCUACCCAAACCCUCUCUCUGUUGCCACUACGGAUUCUCUCUGUCUUCCUGUCCAGACCCAGUGGAAGAAUGGUUUUGUGAGGUUCCAUCUGUGCUCCCUGACAAGUAGAGAGACUAAAAUCCAAAGUACUGUCUGUCCUCCUAUCCAGCCCCUUCCUCUGUGUGUUUAUCACACGUACCUCAGUAAGAAGAGAGCGCUCUCUCUCCCUGCAUCUUUGCUUCUGGGAAACAGUCGUCUGACAGAACCAGGCCAGUCCCUCGAAGUGAUCGUACCCCACCUGCGGGCUUCUAUCUCCAGCCUCCAGGACCUUCAGUUGGAUUCCAGCUACAUGGGAAAACGUUUGGAGCAGCAGCCAAUGUACCCCCACUACACCUACUACUACCCCCACUAUCUCCAGACCAAGUCCUAUGCUCCUCCCCCUCCGCCAAUGGCUCCACCCAGCCCUAGCACCGCCGGAGGAGGAGGUGGAGGUGGAGGAGGAGGUCAAGGAGGAGGACUAGUGGAGCAACUCAGUAAAACCAACCUGUACAUCAGAGGUCUGCCGCCUGCCACCACCGAUCAGGACCUCAUCAAACUCUGCCAGCCAUAUGGUAAGAUUGUAUCAACAAAAGCCAUCCUGGACAAGAACACCAAUCAGUGCAAAGGCUAUGGCUUUGUGGACUUUGACAGCCCUGCAGCAGCCCAGAAGGCUGUGGCCUCACUCAAAGCCAGCGGGGUCCAGGCACAGAUGGCAAAGCAACAGGAACAGGAUCCCACCAAUCUUUACAUCUCCAACCUGCCGGUGUCCAUGGAUGAGCAGGAGCUGGAGAACAUGCUGAAGCCCUUUGGCCAUGUGAUUUCCACACGGAUACUAAGGGACGCCAAUGGCCUGAGCAGAGGAGUCGGCUUUGCCAGGAUGGAGUCGACAGAGAAGUGCGAUGUGGUGAUCCAAAAUUUCAAUGGAAAAUUUUUGAAAACUCCUCCGGGCAUGACAGCCCCAGCAGAGCCGUUGCUGUGCAAGUUUGCUGACGGAGGCCAGAAGAAAAGGCAGACCCAGGUCAAGUAUCCCCAGAAUGGUCGACCAUGGACACGGGAAGGAGAGAGUGGUAUGGCUUUGACAUAUGAUCCCACCGCGAUGCAGAACGGGUUCUACUCUUCACCAUACAGCAUCUCCACCAAUCGGAUGAUUGCACAGACAUCAAUCACACCAUUCAUCGCUGCCUCUCCUGUCUCCGCAUAUCAGGUCCAGAGUACAUCUUGGAUGCCACAUCAACACAGCAUCAUUCACCCAGCUGGUCAUGCCUCGUUCCUUCCUCAGGGUGCUGUGAUCACCCCAGCUGCAGCCAUAGAGCCCAGCUUGUCUCUUCACCCCUCCAGUGUAAUGGCCCCUCUCACCCAACAGAUGAACCACCUGUCUCUGGGCACUACAGGCACUUACAUGCCUGCUGCAGCAGCUGCUCCUAUGCAAGGAACCUACAUUCCACAGUACACUGCAGUGCCUGCCUCUGCCAUCACAGUGGAAGGUGUGGUGACGGAUCCUUCUCCACAGACAGCCGCCCCCUCCUCACAGGAUGGCAGUGGGCAGCAGCCUUUAUCAGUGGAGAAUACAGGGGAUCAUGCCACAGCCUACUCUUACCAGCAGACUAAAUAACAGGAUUGGUGGGAAUCUUUGCUGCAUUGCCUUUAGAAGGACUGCACUGAGGUGCUGGACACAGAAAGAAUCAAAAUGAAACAAAGACAAAAAAAAAGGAGGUGACAUGGAUGACACUGAGAGGAGAAUGUGCCCACUGUGCACAGGCACCAAAUAAAAGACAAAACGAAGAAAAAAUCAUUUAUGUUUCUUAUCCGGUUCAACUAUGAAAAUUCAACGAUAGUUUGCUGAACUUGAGGACAAUGAAAUGAAACUGCAACUCUGAGUGUAUCAUUUCUCACCGUGAAACUGGACUUUGCCUCCAAAGGAAAAAAAAGAGAAGAUAUAGACUGAAAUCUAAAUUCAACCAACAAGUUGUACAGAAAAAAAGAACAUUUGAAUGUGCAGGUAGAUUUUCAGACUUUUUUUUUAAACAGGAAGGAAGAAGAGUCUAGGGGGAAAAGUUGUCUUCCUUUAAUAUUAAGCUACAUUAUUUUCAUUCUUUUUAAUUCUUUGAGUAGUUUUCUAGAGUAUUAAUGUUUUUGUAAAUCUUUAUUGCCUUAAUUUUCUCAAACUUUGGGGAAAAAAGUUUCCAUAGUGUUGAAUUAAAAAAAACAAAACAGAUUGAAUGGUUGAAUGAUUUGAGUUCCUUAUCAGGAGCCUCUACGGUGAGACCUACAACGUUAUCUGUACAGGAUUUUUUUUUUAAAAAAGGUUGUAUUUGUAUGAAGAUGAUUUUAAAUGAUGUGGUUCGAUGCAGCUGAUGUUGGUUGGUAGAAAAAAAAACUUCUUUAAUGUGACUUGUGGGAAAGGGUUAAUCCACUGCUUCCUGGAAAUUGGAGUUUAGUUCGAUCAUGAGAUAAAGGUUGCAUAUUUUCAUCGCAUUUGUAUUUUUUGGUUUUUGAUUGUAGUCUUUUUACCUUCCAGUUUGGUUGUUUUUUUCUUCACCUGCUUUGCUUGUCUCACUGCAAAAAGAAAGUUAAAAAAAAAGCUAAAUUUUUGAUUUUUAAAAAAAUCAGGAAAACACUAGGGUUUUUAAAUGUACAAAAAGGCAAUAGUUUUAGUUAAAUUGUUGACAGUUUCCUGAGUCAUUCUUAACUGUUGCUCAAACACAGCAUACAGGUAACAUAUUUUAUACCAAAGAUGAAGAAACUAGGUAGUGAAGAGUUCUUCCUUGUGUCACUUUUUCUUUUGUGUUUCACCUCUGAAAU